GAACACCGGCGAAUCCAGAAAAAAAAAAACCUCAAACUUAGCGAGAAAUUAAGACGAGUUAAUGCGAAUUUAAGAGCUUAGAGAAUUCAAUAAAUAUCUUCAAAUUUGUUAUAUUUCCUCCAGAGGUCUGGUUGUUGCCCGUAUACACGUAUAUUAGCUUGGAUUUUGGAGUCUUCUGACUUUCCUGCAAAAAUUGGACAUUUGGAAUAUUCUUGAAGACGGAAGUGAGUGUCCCUGCCUUCCAAUCUAGCCUUUGAGCCCUGCGCAUGCAUGUCAUUCUGUGAAUGUUUGUUGACGUGUGCUGUAUACACCUAUGAGUUCUUCCCGAAGAUUGCUCAGAGAUUUCAUCUGCCUCUGAGUUUCUCCCCUUGCGUCGGAAUGGCAGCGGAAGAUCCAGAGGACAGCGGCGCGCAGGGAGCGCUAACAGGUGAAGGUGAUGAUGAACCUGACGAGGCCGAGGAGUUUACCUGCUUGGCCUACUGCUCGGAGCUCUCCCGACGGCAGAAUGAGCAAAGGAAAGCGGGGUUGUUCUGCGACCUGACGCUGGUUUUCAGCAGCGGAGGACUGUCCGAAGAAAGGGUCCAAACCGUAUCUGCCCACCGCUCAGUUUUGUCCGCGGCGUCGCAGUACUUUUCGCUGUUGCUGGGCGGACAGUUUUCAGAGUCCCAGUCCGGGAGAGUAGAGCUGAAAGAGUGGAGCUCGACGACGGGGCCCGACCCAGACACUGUGGAGAGUGUCAUACAGUUCAUGUACACGGGAGAAGUCAGGGUAACCACUGCCAAUGUUCAUGAAGUGUUGGAACUUGCUCACAGGUUCUUGCUGCGGCAGCUGAAGAGCUUCUGUGCAGACUUCCUCAUGAAGAAGUUGAGCCUGAGUAACUGUGUGGCUGUGCAUAGCCUGGCUCACAUGUACUCACUGGACCAGCUGGCUCAGGAGGCUGCAGAGACGAUCAGAAGAAACUUCCACAAAGUUAUUAGCAGCGAGGAAUUCUACACGCUGCCAUUUCACCUGUUGCGAGACUGGCUGUCGGACUCAGAAAUCACUGUGAAUUCAGAGCAGGAGUUGUUUGAGGCUAUCGUGAAAUGGGUCCACCAAAACAAAGACGAGCGAGAGACACAUUUUGAGGAGCUGUUUAAGCUUUUAAGGCUGCUGCAGAUUCCUCCUACCUACCUGUCGCGUGUGGUGAGAAAGGAAUGCUUAGUUGCAAAUAAUGAAACAUGUCAGAAGCUUAUCUCUGAAGCUCUGGAAUUCCAUGCCAUUCGCUCCGAGAGCCUCAAAUCAGUUGAUCCGGAGCUCUGUGCCUCCUACAUGGCGGCAAUUCAGCCACGUCUUGGUCAGAACAUGGAUGUAAUUAUGGUGGUGGGUGGUGUUUCAGAAGGAGGAGAAUAUCUUAGUGAGUGUGUGGGCUACUUUGUUGCUGAGGACCGUUGGGUCAACCUGCCACACAUUCAUAAUCACCUUGAUGGACAUGCCAUUGCAGUCACUGAGAGUCAUGUUUAUGUGGCAGGCUCCAUGGAGCCUGGCUUUGCCAAGACAGUUGAACGCUACAACCCCAGCCUCAACAUUUGGGAGCAGGUCAGCAGCUUGACCACCCGCAAGCACUCCUUCGGCCUCACUUGCGUCAAAGAUGUACUGUAUAGCAUUGGUGGUCAUGGCAACUUCAGUCCAGGCUUUAAGGAUGUCACUGUAUAUGAGCCUGAGCAUGAUGAGUGGAUCAGUCUUCAGCCAGCGCCAAAGAUCCUACGAGAUGUAAAAACAGUGAAUGUAGACGAUCGAUAUGUGUACGUGGUGGCCAGGACUCCUGUAGACAUAGACCACAAUGAUGGACUUAGCACUGUGACCACAUGCUACGACACAGACUUUCGCAAGUGGCAGGAAGUGGACUCAUUACCUCUGAUCGAUAACUACUGUAGUUUUCAAAUGGCUGUGGCAUCCACAAACUUCUACCACACUGCUUCUUGUUGCCCUAAGAACUACAAAGUAACAAUGGAGGAAGCUCAGGAAAAAAUAUCCGGCAAAAUCUCAGAUGAAAUACUCGACAGCCUCCCGCCAGAGGUCCUUAGCAUGGAAGGUGCCGCUCUGUGCUACCUCGACGACGACAUCUUCAUCAUUGGCGGGUGGAGAAACGGUAACAUCUUGGACAAACAGUACCACAAGGAGGCGUAUCGUUACUGUGCUGAGAAGAAGCGCUGGACGUUGCUGCCGCCCCUACCUCAGCCACGCUGCCGGGCAGCAGCCUGCCACAUUCGCAUCCCGUACCAGUAUCUUUACGGCCACCAGCGUUACCCCGUGCCCCAGAACCUGGUUCGCCAACGAGAUCGCAUCCAACAGAUGCAGCAGCUCCAUCAACGGACCCUCACUCUGCGACGACAGCUGCAGUCUCAGAUUGAAUGCUGAGGAUUAGAAAUGCUGCUGUGAAUGAUUACUACUUCAUCUGCUUAUAAAUGUGCCGUUGUUGUCUCAAGACGGUUUUAUCUGUGUUUUAACACAGAUAAAACAGCAGUUGGAAACAUGCUGAUUAAACCAGAAAUGAAUAAGCCAUACAUGUUGGGGGAAAACUUUCAACAUCACUGUCCAGUGAAAUUUUGUUAAGCUUGGUGUUGAGAUGUUAACUUUAAAUGAUGUUGGGAUGUACUGUAGUGUGAUGGUAGAGGUGAAAUGUCUGCUUGGGUUGAGCUGGAACUGGUUUGAACUGAAAAAGACUAGAUUGUUCAAACUGCUGUCUAACACAGAUUAAACAGCAGUUUGAACAUAUGUGUACAUCUUAUCGUUCAGCAAAUAAAUGAUGCUGUGAUUACUUUAACAAUUUUUGAAGAUAUUUUGAUUUCUUCAUAAAAGUUUAAAUUGUGGCCUUUGUGAACACGUUUAGAUAAAUGAUGUCAACAUUUAUAUGCAAGUUUAGGAAAAAAAAAAACUUUCAACAUCACUGUCAGUGAAAUUUUGUUAAGCAUGGUGUUGAGAUGUUAACUUAACCUAUUAAAUGAUGCUGGCAUGUACUGUAAUGUGACGGUAAAAAAGACAGUAAAGAACUAAAGACAUCCAGACAUAGAGAACAAUAUGAGCUUUGACGCCUUUUUUUUGUUUUUGUUAUGCAUUGUGUUGGAAUAUGUAAGUGUUGAUGCUGUGCGCCACAGUUUAUUCUAAAACAAAUCAGUUUUUGGCACUAGAAGUAAGUGUUUGUGGGGGCAUACUGGGGGGCAUGUUUUGUGAUUGUCAAGUUUCUGUAGUUUAUAUAAUCCUUUUUUUGUAUUAUAAUUUCUUAAGUAGUUCAGCUGAACAAAUGUAGUAUUUGAAGUCCCAGCUUAUUGUGUAGCUUAAAAGAUAAAGUAAAUGUCUGUAUGAUUACAUACAUUUUAUGUUGUAAAGAUGCUUUUAAAUGGAGACUAUAUGUUUUUUAUAUGUGUUAGUUUUGGGUACUUAUUUGUAUUCUUUGUUCUACCUUUGCACCUUUGGUUGGAUUCGUUGACCAUACCUCAAUAUGAAAUAUUUAGACUCAAUUAGCCCAAACAUUCUUCCCAACUUGGUAUGAGCUGUGUUUAUUGAGGAUGGAAAAGUUGUGAGUGGUUUGAUCUUUUUUCCCCACAUUGUUUCAAGGUAAUCAUUCCCAGCUGAAGAGUGUGAGCUUACUACUGAGUGCAGUCGGGUGGAUGCAGGCCGGCAGCAACAGUAAUAAAGCAGCCACAUUUGAUAUAUAAAAGCAGAUUUAAGUCUUGGUUUGUUAAAAAUGUAAUUUCAGAUCAAUUGUAAUAUUCAGAUUUAAAAGCAGUCUACUAUCUACAAAUGUGCAGUAUGCUGCCAUUUCAUUUAUAUGUGCUAAAGAUGGAGUGUUUAGCAUUUUGUAAUAAAGUUUUCUUCUUUGAAAAAAG